CAUCACCGCCGAUCUCAGCAGUUCUCUCUCUCUCUCUUUCUCUUUCGGUCGUUGCGUUUUGGUGAAACUUUCGCAGCUAUGCCUGAGCCCGCCAAGUCCGCUCCUGCCCCGAAGAAGGGUUCCAAAAAGGCCGUCACCAAGGCCCAGAAGAAGGACGGCAAGAAGCGCAAGCGCAGCCGCAAGGAAAGCUACUCCAUCUACGUGUACAAGGUGCUGAAGCAGGUGCACCCCGACACGGGCAUCUCCUCCAAAGCCAUGGGCAUCAUGAACUCCUUCGUCAACGAUAUCUUCGAGCGCAUCGCCGGCGAGGCGUCCCGCCUGGCGCAUUACAACAAACGCUCCACCAUCACGUCCCGGGAGAUCCAGACUGCCGUGCGUCUGCUGCUGCCCGGGGAGCUGGCCAAGCACGCCGUGUCCGAGGGCACCAAGGCCGUCACCAAGUACACCAGCUCCAAGUAAAAUGGAGAUCUCCGGGGGUGCCUGAAGGCCAGGCCCCUCAACCUACACAACGGCUCUUUUAAGAGCCACCCA